AUGAUACAUUUGAGGAAGUUGUUUGAAAAAUUAAGAGAAGUGAAGUUGUAUGGGAAGCUUGAGAAAUGUGUAUUCCUGAAUCCUAGUGUGGAGGUUUUAGGAUACAUUGUGACUGGAGAAGGAGUACGAGUUGAUCCAGAAAAGAUAGAGGCAGAGAAGUCUUGGUUGGCUCCGACCAAUGUGCAUGAGGUUAGGAGUUUUCAUGGGCUUGCUUCAUUCUAUAGGCGGUUCAUUAAAAACUUCUCGACUAUUAUGGCUCCCAUCACUGAGUUAACUAAAAAAGGAGAGUUUGAGUGGGGAGAAAGUGCUCAAAAUGCUUUUGAAAAGAUGAAAAACAUGCUUUGUACUGCUCCAAUACUUGUGCUUCCAGAUUUUAACAAGGUGUUUGAGGUGGAGUGUGAUGCAAGUGGGAUUGGAAUAGGGGUUGUCCUUAUUCAAGACAAAAAACCUGUGAGUUACUUUAGUGAGAAAUUAAAUGGAGCUAAGAUGAACUACUCUACUUACGACCGUGAAUUCUAUGUCAUAGUUAGAGCUCUUGAUCAUUGGUCCCAUUACUUAAGGCCAAAACCAUUUAUUCUUCAUUCAGAUUAUGAGGCUUUAAAGUUCAUACAUGGAAAACAAAAGUUAAACAAGAGGCAUGCAAAAUGGGUAGAAUUUCUUCAAUCGUUUUCUUUUAGUUCCAAGUAUAAAGAUGGAUGA